UCUAUUAUUCUUUUUUUGUUACUGUUUUGAUCAUUCUAUAGAAUUUUAUUGUUCAAUUGUUCAUGAACUUUUUAAUUUUAGUUGCAACGAAUUAUAGAACUUUGGAUGACUUAAUUAGGAUGUCUGAUACAUCUAGCAACAUAGGAAAUUGAAUGCUUUAUGAAAGUGUGUGUUGUGCAUUUGCUAUACAUUCCGAUAUAAAUUUACUGGAAGCAGAAGCUGAUGCAAUAUUUGUACUUGUAAUAGACUAGGAUUUUUAGUUAAUAAUACUUUGUAUCAAUGAACAAAGUGGUUUGAGAGAUAAAGCUUGAGUAUUUUGAUUGAUAUAUAACAGCAGAUUGCUUACAAGGUGCGUUGAUAACUUUAGGCUACUGCUACUAUCCCCUAGAGACUUUUGGAGACUUGAUAUGCUUGGCCUAUUCUGCCCCUACACCUUCCCCCUUCUCUUGUACAACAUGGAAACCCCAAAUUAGGGUCCAUUACAUAUCUAUGUUUCUAAAGUUAUGUUUUAUAUAAGUUGUUAAUUGCUAAUAUUUUUUUUUUUUUUUUUUUUUUUCUGAUCUUAUAUAAUUUUCUUUGCCUAAUGAGCAGUCAAAAUUAAAUACAUGGGCAUUAAUGAAGGAACACAUUACAAAUUUGAUUGAUUUAAUUAUAACUGCUGCUAGUUCAUUAGUAUUCACAAACGAAGUCUCAUUAGUCUAUGGUUUCUAGCUAUCUUGUUUCAGCCUAAUACUUGUUACAUUUUUGCACUCAUUUUGUGUAGUCCAAAUGACUGUAAUUUGUACAGCUGAGAGAUGAUGAAUGAGAUCAGAACUCUAAAUUUAUCAUUUUAGUUGUCUCAUAAUUGUUCUGGGUUUAGCUGAUUAGUCUGAUCCUUUGCUUUUGUGUUCUUUGUAACUUAACUACUAUAGGAGAUAUUCCAUUUUUAUUUUCUCGAUCUGGUGGGCAUUUAGUUAUUAACUCUGAGAUUUUCCCUUUUCAACUGAAUCGUAAGAUAUUUUGCUAGAGGUGUUUGCUGAAACAAUUUUGUGAGGGCCUUGUCUUAGCGCUUGUCUAUAUGAAAUAUCAUGAAUGUCAGUCUAUUUUGUGAUAAUUUAGAUUCUUUAUUAUAAUAACGGAUAAUAAAGAAGGAUAUCUGUCUAUCUUGGCUCGUUUGUGAAUCAGUUCAUGAUCAUAAUUCUUAUUUUGUAUAAAAAGUUCUGACUUUGAUAUGACUGGUUUGAGUGUUUUAUUUUUGCUGCUGUCUAGGCUCUUCUCUACCAUCUCUCUCUUGGGUAUAUUAUUUAUCUCUUGUUUGUUUUCUCCAUAAUUCUCUUUUUUUGGUUUUUUGUUGAUCUAUUCAAUAUUACUAGAUUCGGUUUUCUUAAUUCAAUACAAAUUUACUUUAUAGAUAUACAACUCGAUUUGUUCAUAUUCAAUUCAAUUAUUGCUUGUAGAGAAAGCUUGAAAGUUUGUUGAUUUAGUAAUUGUAUAUUUUAUGCGUGUAAGGGGAUGUGUUUUAUGUGUGUAUUCAGGUUCAAGCUAUCGUGGAUGACUCAGAUAAUGGGUAAUUAUGGAGGAGACAUUCUAUUUGAAACUCGAUUCUUAAUGGUUGAAGCCAACAACUAUACUCUAAAUGGUGUCGACAACCUAUGUGUUGUUUUAACUUGGAUAUUAAUUUGGAUAAUUGAAUCAAUAUUUAAAGGAAAGGUUGAGGUGUUUGAUUGAAAGUAGUCAAAGGAUUACAAUGAUAAUGAAUAGCUUUAGGCUAUCAAUCUCAUGGGUAACUUGAGGUUACCAAACUCCACCCAAAAUCUAAACAUCAAAAGGCCUACCCUUCUCUACUUCCCUCCUUUCCUAUAUAUCACAGAUUACUACUUAGAGAGCUGACUACUAAGAAGUAGAUCACUCCUUUUCAUUACUUGGAUUUUACUAAUAAACUCUUAGAUCCCCAAAUUGCUCGAUUAUUUUGUGCAGAAGGAUUAGUGAAAAACCUUGGAGUUACGAAGUUGAGAUCCAUGGCGAGACCUUCUAUUGCCGAUUUUUCAGAAGUCUGGGGUAUUGGAGAAGGUUAGGUGAUUUUAUUAUUCAAUUUAUACUCCGUAUAUUUUUUAAAAUUAGAGAUUUUUUUGUUUAUUCUUGUUUACAUCUGUAUGAUUUUGGGUUUAGAUAGUGUUUAAUCGGCUGAGUUGGUGCAGAUUGGUAGUUUUUUAUUCUUGAUUUGCUUCAUCUCUUUCAGUAUUCGCUUUCUUUACAUGAAAUUAGGUUUGUUAUUAACCCUAAACUCAUUUUUUUUUUUGAAUCAAAGUCCAACUAUUCAAAUCUAGUAUUUGAAAAUGGAUAUCUAAAUUUAAAUAUUAAUUAAUAAGGUUAAAAUCGAUCUCUUGCUCUGAAUUUACUAUUGGAUUUGCAUGUCUCUUGACUUCCUUCUCUCUUCUUUCAAUUUUUUUUUUUUUUUUUGUGUGAUUUCUUAAAAUUUCUCUUUUGUAUCACUAAUUCACUAUUCAAUACUGUCUUUUAGGAGGUUUGAGUCUUUAUAUGUGGGGUGGAUUAUCAUGAGGAGCCUGUAUGUAUGAAUGAUCUAACAUUCUAAUCUAGUAAUUUCAUUUGCCUAGAAACCAAUAGUUCCUGCGGAUCUGUAUUGAAAAGUGCGUGACUCUCAGCUUGUAGGACUUUCAGGCUACUCAAAAGAGAUGAGGGGGAAGAAUGAAAUAUUGUGUCCUGAGAAGACAAUUGGUUCUCUUCCUGGAAUUGAUGUGGGGUAUCAGUUUUAUUCUCGAGCUGAGAUGACUGCGGAUGGAUUUCAUAGUCAUUGGCUUAAUGGGAUUGAUUAUAUUAGACAAUCUAAAGGCAAAAAGAGAACACUGAUACUUAUUACAUCGUUAAUGCACCAUAUAUAUUCUCAUCAUGUUGGAAGGCUGUCAUCUUCAGGUGCGAUCAGAAUAAAUCCUGAUGCUAAUAUGGCUGCAGGAAACCAGAUUGGGUUGGGCGUCGUGUUAAGGGACGAUGCAGGGUGCGCUGUGGCUGCGGCUGUUAAAAGGUUGAAGGCUCGGUGGGGUGUUGAACAAGCUGAGGUGGCAGCGGCUAGAAUGGGUGUGCAGAUGGCAAAGCAGCAAAGCAGCUGGGACAUGAGAGAAUUGUGCUAUUUAAAGAUUUCAAUUAGUGAUUCCGAAUUUGUUCCACUACAACUAGUCAUGAAUAAAGCAUAAGUUGGAAUUGUACUUGUAAUAGAAAACCCAUUACAAUGAGAUAUUGUACAUAUGCUAUAAUAUAUUUAUAUGUAAUAAAAAAAUUUGGCAUAAAUUUGUUGUA